AUGUACGGAUUGAAAACACCUGGCCUUUGUGCUCUUCGGCUGCUUUGUUCAGCAAGCGUCAUUCUGACACCCAUCCAGUCGACCCUACAAGUGUCGAACGGUACAAUACUUGUGCAGAUGCGCCUCAGCCAUCUCGUACUCCUGCCUUAUGCUGCGUGUUUAGGCAUGAUCCAGCACCCCGUAGAAGUGACGGAUUCCGGUACCAUCAACGAGGCCAGCCACGGUAUCUCCGUCCCUCAGGAGACAGAGAGGGUGAUAGAACUGACGCCUGCAAAGCCGGAGAAAGCACUCGCGCUGGGAGGUGGUAACGAAAAGCAUGGACUGAUAUGGUACACGCGGGGGUUGGAACGACUGGUGGGCAAGUUAGCGAUGAGAUUUGAAGCAUGCGGCUCGCGCAUCUCGACACGGACUGUCGGCAGAAGGCCAUUGAGGUCCCAGCUGUUGAAGAAUUUUUCGACCAGCAGCCAAUCAAUAUAA